AUGGCCGCCAUCCAAGCUCAACUCGACCGUGGGGCAGUGCCAAACCACAUCUCCAACGUAUGUCCCAAGGGAACCAAAUUCCAUAUCCUUGAGGUCGGAUGGCUUGAAUGCGAUGACGCCUUUGUGGUGCGAGGUGGGAACUCCAGCACACUGAGCACCAAGGACAAGUCCUUUGUCAACAAGCGGAGAGAACUGCCGGUGUUCUGUAUUCUGAUCGAGCAUCCCCAUGAAGGUCUGAUCUUGUGGGAGACGGGAUGCGGGAAAGACUACCCGGAAGUAUGGGGGCCACAAAUUGCAGAUGUCUUCGCCCGGAUCAAAUAUGAGCCUCGCCACGAGUUACAGGCCGCCGUCGAGGCAACGGGCAAUAAGCUGGAGGACAUCAAGAAGAUCAUCAUAGGCCAUUUGCACCUAGAUCAUGCUGGUGGCUUGGACGUGUUUCUAGACAGGAAAGACGUCGAAAUCUGGGUACACGACAGAGAAUUGAGAGCCGCUUUCUGGUCCGUCGCAACCGGAGCUGACGUUGGUGUGUAUAUGGAGCAUUACCUCAAGUUGAGCCUCAACUGGAAAACCUUCGAUGACCGCACCUUCGACUUCUGUCAAGGUAUUACACUGCACCAUUUGCCAGGCCACACAGACGGCUUGAUCGGCAUGCAAAUCAAUAUGCCCGACAGUGGCACUUUCCUCUUCAUCAGUGAUCAUUGCCACGUCAUUGAAAAUUGGCGCGACGGUAUCCCACAAGGUUGGCUUGCAAGAGAUCAUCCAGCGUGGUUUCAGAGCACGCAACGCCUGAAGCAAUUGGAGAGGACGACAAGAGGCCAGGUCAUCCCCGGACAUGACAAAGAAACUUAUUUGGGUCUCAUCAAGAACGGUACCGUGUACACUUGA